CUGCUUUGACGUCAGCCACGUUAGAUUUCAGUAGUCCAAGAUGGCGGAGGUGAGCGGGGUGAGGAGCAGAAAUCACUUCGAGCCCAACUGCAAAAACCGAGUCGUUGACGAAGGCUUAAGUGGUGUGGAAGAUGUCCCCAUUUAUCGGCAUAAGAAGAGGCCCCCUUUAGCCACCCCUGAAGACCUGGAGGAUGAAUUGCUUCCCAGGACCACAGCCUCAAACUCGGGCAAAAAUGUUAACCUCAACCCCUCACCAGAUGAAGAGAUUCAGGAAGAAGAGGCUGAAGUAGAGGAAGAAAAGGCCAGGCCUAUCCAGAUCGUCCUGGCCAACGAGGAUGAGCACAGCUUUGAGCUGGAUGCUGCGGCGCUGGAGAAGAUCCUCCUGCAGGAUCACGUGAAGGACCUGAAUGUGGUGGUUGUGUCUGUGGCUGGGGCCUUUCGCAAGGGCAAGUCCUUCCUGCUGGACUUCAUGCUACGCUACAUGCACAGUCAGAGUGAGUCGUGGAUGGGAGGUGAUGAUGAGCCCCUGACAGGGUUCACCUGGAGAGGAGGCUGCGAGAGAGAGACCACGGGAAUUCAGAUCUGGAGCGAAGUGUUUGUGGUCGACAAGCCCGAUGGCAGCAAGGUUGCUGUGCUCCUCGUUGACACUCAGGGAGCGUUUGACAGCCAGUCCACCAUAAAGGACUGUGCUACUGUGUUCGCCCUCAGCACAAUGACCAGCUCUGUACAGGUGUACAAUCUCUCCCAGAACAUACAGGAGGACGACCUGCAGCAUCUACAGCUCUUCACAGAAUAUGGCCGACUGGCAAUGGAAGAGAUCUACCUGAAGCCUUUCCAGUCCCUGAUGUUCCUGAUUCGAGACUGGUGUUAUCCUUAUGAACACAACUACGGAUUGAAAGGGGGCAACAACUUCCUGGAGAGAAGACUACAGGUGAAACAGAACCAACAUGAAGAGUUGCAGAAUGUGAGGAAGCACAUCCACUCCUGCUUCUCCAACAUCGGCUGCUUCCUGCUGCCACAUCCAGGCCUCAAGGUGGCCACCAACCCGUACUUUGACGGCAGGCUGAAAGACAUCGAUAGGGAUUUUAAAAAGGCGCUGGCCGAGCUGGUUCCUCUCCUACUGGCCCCUGAUCGACUGGUAGAGAAGGAGAUCGGAGGCAACAAAGUCACCUGCAGAGAUCUCCUGGAGUACUUCAAGGCUUACAUAAAGAUCUACCAAGGUGAGGAACUGCCUCACCCAAAGUCCAUGCUACAGGCAACAGCAGAAGCCAACAACCUGACUGCUGUGGCAGGAGCCAAAGACAUGUACAGCAAGAACAUGGAGCUGGUGUGUGGCGGGGACAAGCCAUACAUCGCCCCGACUGACCUGGAGCGCUGCCACGAGGAGUUUCGCGAGCAUUCAGUGCGGUUCUUCCGGUCUGUGAAGAAAAUGGGCGGCGAUGAGUUCUGCCAGCGCUACCAGAACCAGCUGGAGUCAGAGCUGGACGAGGCCUACAACAACUUUUCCAAGCACAACGACGGCAAAAACAUCUUCUACACGGCGCGCACCCCCGCCACGCUUUUUGCAGUCAUGUUUGUCACCUACGUGGUGUCUGGAGUGACGGGCUUCAUCGGUCUGAGCACCUUAGCAGCGCUGGCUAACUUGGUCAUGGGCGUGGCGCUGCUGUCACUGUGUGCCUGGGCGUAUGUGAAGUAUUCUGGAGAGUUUCGGGAGGUGGGAACGAUGAUAGACCUGGUGGCAGAGACACUCUGGGAACAGAAGACGGUCAGAAAGGUGUUUUCCAAACUUUUGGAGCCUGUCAGGAGCCGCCUGGCAUGGCCCGUCUCUCUCCUCCCUUCAUUCCCAUCAGGAGCGACACUGGGACUCAGAGCUCUGUCUCCUCUCAACAACAACUACAAGAAGACUAAAUAGCUGCUGGACGACCGGCGGAUUCAGACUGUUAAACCUCCUUCUCGUAUUGAAACUUCUGCAGUUUUUUGGCUUCUUUUAUUGUUCAUUUUCAGUCCAAUGGUGCUGGAUUCUUAUACUUUAACCCCUGGGACCCACUCUGUGUGGACUCCCUCUGAACUUCACUGAAUGUAUCUGGACACUGGCAGGCCAGGCCCAUCUCAGGAUCUCAAGGACUUGAAGCCUGCUCAAACGGUUUUGAAGCCAUUAAGUGAACAUUAUAUGGAAGACAACGUCAGACAGACGGUGGUUAACUCAAUCAAAGCCAGCUUGACAGAACAAGGCUCGCAGCACACCAAGUUAAAGACUCACUGACACUCUUCCUUCUCAUCUCUCCCCCCCCCUCGUGUUCACCACCCUCCUGCCCACUCGCUCAAUGUGUUCAAUCCUAGAACUGUGGAACUAGUUCAACACCAAAGCUGACCCUCUUUUUAUUCCCCCGAAACGGCCAUCAUCACAUCACUGCCCCAUCUUUAUUUGCUGUUGUGGACCUGUAGGCUCGCUGUGUGCCCUGCUCUUCAUCGCCCCCCAGUGCCUCAGAGUAGAAACUGCACGUUCAUGAGAGUACAGAGGAGAGAGCCUGGCAGCGGCUGCGUCUCUUGCCAAAACAGGACCUGAAGGACUGUCAUCUUCUCCAGAGUGCCAUGCUGCGCUAGAUGAAUCCUGAGUUGUAAUGCAUACUAUAGGCUGACACACACACACACACACACACACACACACACACACACUGACAUCUUUGCUGGUAGCGGACUACACUCACUUCAGGAUUGAGCUGUAAAUCAGGGAAAACUGACACCGCCGUGGGCAGCUGUUAUCAACAAUGGAUGCAAACUAAAACCCGUUUCUGUGCAUUUAAUCAUUUUGUCUUACAGUUCAGACAGUUCAGAGCUCAGUUUACUUCCUCUUCAGCCUGUUUAAUUAACGUUUCCUACAAGCACAAGUGACCAAUCGACUCAGAAAACGCAUAAUGAGCUGAUUGUCGUGUUAUUGAUUCUACUGAAGCGAAAGUAAGGAGAGGCUAUUUUAACUGUCAAAUGUCCAGCCUGUCCUGGUUAACUGACUUAUAAAUGAACUGAAAACAGGAAAUCAAGCAAAACUGCAUUUUUCUUUCCUUCUGACAUACUGCUAGUUCACCUGCCUCCAUUCAUUCAGUUUCUCCACAGUAAGUAUGGGAGGCAUGUUAACCAGCUGACCUAAUCGAACUGGGCUCAGGUUGCUUCUGGACAAGACCUCUGUACGUCUCUCUGUCCUUCCCUUUAACAUUGUGUGAUUGUAACCCUAAAGAGAACUGUAGGAAGCCUCGAGCCUCUCAGCUGAUGUUUGAUCUGUUUUUAAUUUAGAACUGACGUGUUUUAUCUGGCCUUUAGUGUCUUGUAGCGGACCUGCCAGUAGUUGGCCCUCUGUGUGCUGUUAAGAGCUACCGUGUUGUAGCAUUAAGCUAGCUAAGAGCUUUUAGAGCCCAGGCCUCUAUAGUCAGGUAGUCAGGGAGGACUGUCAUUUCGAACCAUUUUCUCUUCCACUGCCUUUCAUUAAAGCCACACUAGCCCUAUUUCCCCCCACACGUUUUUAAGACCUACAGGCUGUAAGUUUGAUUCUUGCUUUUCGGGAGUUGGAGAUAUACAUCUUUUAUUUCUUUAGCCCAAAUUCAAAAGCUUAGACACUUUUGCUCUCCAAGAGGAGGAGAUUGAUACCAGUCUUAUCUAAUUCCUGGCUAGAAAGUGAGAAGUGUAUCUCCCAGUGUUGAACUAUUCCAUUAACUGAUGAGAAAUGAUCUGCCCACUGCCUUUUCCCCCUAACUCUAAAUCACUGGACUCAUGAUACAAUCAGUCAAGUAGUGAUUUUUUAAAAUGUUAUUCCUCCACAAUAGGAAGAUUGAAGAAACCUGUCCUUUGAUCUCUUUUUUUUUUUUUUUUUUUUACUUCAACAGCUGCAUCACAUCUGUCUGAGCUCUUUCGCAUUGAAUCCAUCCACAUAAUUUCUCACCUCAAGCGCCAGUCUCGUACUGUACAGUCUCUCGUUUUCUGUGUUCACAUAUUACAAAUCGGGCAUGUAUGUUGAAUUAAAUAUUUAAAUAAACUUUGUAUACAUUUUAUAGUGAAUCAGUUGACAAUGGCUGUUGUUUUUCUUCUUCUCUUGAUCAACUUAACAGUCUGUGGUUUAAGAAUGAUAAGUUGCUGCUGUAGGGUUUACACUAGUUGUCUCCUCACGAGGACAGACGUUAAUAGAAACGUGGUGUGAAUAUUCGGACUCUGAUAGGAAAAUCUUUUGGUUGUGAUGAGUGGGUUUGGAGACGAUGUCUGUCUGCCUUUUAAAGAUAUCUCUGGUAAUUUAUUUUUGAAUAAAAUGUUUACCUUAAGAAUAAAUGAUCUAUACAAUUC